AGUGAAUUCUUCACAUUGACCCGAUGAGCCUUCGUGGCCUACAUUAUUACAUCAAAUCUUGUUUCGAAGUCAUCUAGAGUGGAUCACAAUUUAGGUUGUGCAAAUAAAUUUUAUUAUUUAACGAUGAAGUGUGAAGUUAUUUUUGGGAUCACUUUAAUACAUCUUACAUUUUGUGGCAUCGGAAAUGUUUUGGAUGUAAGUUAUUGGACUUGCUUGUUGAAAAAGAGAUAUUCGUGCCCGGAUAAUGACAUCAAAUUUUAUUUAUACACACCGGACGAUUACUCGUACCACAAACCAAUGAGAAAACGAAUAGAUGUUCGAAAUUCUUUAGCUUUAUCAUAUUCCGGGUGGGAUUCCCAAAAGAAAAAUGUAAUAAUAAUUCAUGGGUUUAACGGAACCGAAUCAAAAACACCCAUGACAAUAAUUCGAGAUGCUUAUCUUCAGAGAGGUGAUUAUAACGUUUUUAUGGUCGAUUGGCUUCCUUUAGCUAGAUUUCCUUGUUACAUAUCAUCACUGUCAAAUACUCGGUUACUUGGGCAAUGCGUAGCGCAGUUAUACGCUUACAUAAUGGAUUUAGGUGGUUUAGCUGAAAAAACCGUUUGUGUUGGUCACUCUUUGGGUGCUCAUAUUUGCGGAAUGGUUAGCAAUCAUUUGACCAUUAAGCAACAUAAAAUAGUCGGGUUAGAUCCAGCUCGACCUUUGGUGUCUCAAUUUGGAAGUACCGAAUUUCGAUUAUCACCUGAAGAUGCUCAUCAAGUCCAAAUUAUUCAUACAAAUGCGGGGGUUUUGGGGGAUUCCCACCGGAGUGGACACGUUAAUUUCUGUGUUAAUGGUGGGAUUCACCAACCGGGAUGUAAAGGACAUAAAUUAAGAAGAGCUAGAUGUAGUCAUUUUCAAAGUGCGUGUUACUUUGCUGCUACUGUUCGUGAUGGUUCUGCUAUGAUAGGAAGGCUUUGUAGCGAUCAUUGCCCGAAAAAAAGCUCAAAUUGGGGGUAUUUACCAGGAAAAAGCAUUCCAAUGGGACAUGAUACACCUUUUAAUGCUAGAGGAACAUAUUGUGUAACAAAUACCGGAGAAGACGAUUGUCCAUUUAAUUAACACUAAAUAUUAAUAAAUAAAGUUUAAUUUAUUACU